AUGGUGCCACCAUUCGGACCUCCAUCGAUCGCUGCCGUCUCGUCCGGUCACCUCCCUCGUCGACUCUGGACGCGCCCACGGAUCCGGCCUUCUGCUGCCAUCUCCGCGCCGUCCCCAUCCUCGACGUCGUUCACGCCCAAGCCAAUCACCACCGCCUCCCUGCUUCCUCGUGCUCGAGCCUGUAGCCGCCCGUGCCCAGGCAGCGGCUCGAGGAAGGAGUCGCCAAGCAAGCGCCCAAGACCUCCAGGAGCCCGCGGCCUUCUCUGCUUCCCCUCCUCGUGCCUCGCCGGCAGCAAGCUCCGCAGUGCCAAGUUCCUCGCCUGCGUCCUCCCGUCGAGCGCCGGGACGAACGGCAGUAGCUCCAGCCUUGCCUCGGCCCUCCUCGACCUCCUUCGCACCGGAUCCGUCCCCCUCGUCCAUCCACUUGUCGCAGGAGGUCGCCGCCAUGCCCUGCAUCCCGCAUCGCCAGCCGCCGUCCCCUGCUUCACGAAUGAGACAGCCAGCGCUGCCCCUUCGUUGACUUGGUCCAGCGCCAGCGUGGCCGGUCUCCAAGUCCCAGGCGCCAAGGCCCAGCUCGCCUCGCUGUCUGCAGCCUCUUCCACCGACUCGGCCGAGCCCGUGGGUGAGCAGCCCUAG